CUAAAAAAAAAACUAAAGAAAAAGAAUAUAAAUUAGGGCUUUAUUUAUAAGGACUUAAGAGAGAGCUUUCUCAGUUAGGAUUCAAUCGUGUGAGUGUUUAGGGUUUUCUUUGAGGUUGAAAUCAAUGGCGGAGGAGAGAAUCUCAGGUGUGGUGCAAUGGUUCAACAGUGGCAAAGGCUUUGGUUUCAUCAAACCUGAUGACGGCAGCGAAGAUCUCUUCGUUCAUCAAUCAUCCAUCAGAUCUGAUGGUUUCCGCACCCUCGCAGAAGGCGAUCGUGUCGAAUUCACCAUCGCCACCGGCGAUAAUGAAAAAACCAAGGCUGUUGAUGUCACCGGUCCUAACGGCGCUCCUCUGCAGUCCAGGCAGGAUUCGUAUGGCGGUGGAGGCGGCGGUCGCGGAUUUGGUGGAUUUAGGGGCUCUGAGAGACGUAACGGUGGAGGCGGCGGUGCUGGAUGUUACAACUGUGGUGAUACUGGCCACAUCGCUAGAGAGUGUAACAGGAGCAAUAACUCCGGUGGAGGCGGAGGUGCUGGCUGUUACAACUGCGGUGAUACUGGCCACAUCGCCAGGGAUUGCAACCGGAUCAAUAAUUCCGGUGGAGGCGGAGGAGGUGCUUGUUACACCUGCGGCUCUUUUGGUCAUAUUGCCAGGGAUUGCACUCGCGGAGGCAACAUUGGAGGUGGAUUUGACCGCAGCAGUGGAGGAGCCACUUCUUGCUACAGAUGCGGUGGAAUCGGGCACAUUGCGAGAGACUGCGCUACUCCCAGCGACCGGAGUGGAGGUGGAGGUGGUUGCUAUAAGUGCGGUGAAGUUGGUCACAUAGCCAGGGAUUGCAACAUUGAAGGUGGGAGAUUCGACGGCGGCAACGGUGGUGGAAGGUUUGGUGGUGGCAACAAUGGAAGGUUUGGUGGUGGCAAUGGAGGAACCAACACAUGCUUCAAUUGUGGAAAGCCAGGUCAUUUUGCAAGGGAGUGCGUCGAGGCUUCUGGUUGAAGGAAAAAGCGAGAUUCAUCCAAGAACAACAACUUGGAAUCUGAAUUUGAGGUUCAAUGCCACAAGAUUGCCCCAUUCACCACACUUUGCUUUUGAUAUUUGAAUCCUGGGGUUUGCCAAAUUCACUUGCUGUAGCACAGGCAACAACGAGAACUUGCUUUUGAUAUUUGAAUUCUGGGUUUGCCAAAUUCACUUGCUGUAGCAAAGGCAACAACGAGAACUUAGACUCAAUCGUUUUAUGAAGUGCUUAUUGAAA